GGCGAGGCGCAGCGCGCCGGAAGACGGAAGCGGAGGAUGGCGGCAGGUGCGGGUCGGCUGCUGGUGGCGGCUCUGCCGCUGCUGUUGGUGGUGGCCGGGCCGCGCCUGGCGCCUGCCGAGCUCACGGAUGGCAACAGCGAGCACCUCAAGCGGGAGCACUCGCUGAUGAAGCCGUACCAAGGCGCGGGCUCCGCCGCCAUGCCGCUGUGGGACUUCCAGGGCAGCACCAUGGUGACCAGCCAGUACGUCCGCCUCACUCCCGACGAGCGGAGCAGGGACGGCUCCAUCUGGAACCGCGUGCCCUGCUUCCUCAAGGACUGGGAGCUUCAUGUCCACUUCAGGAUUCACGGAGCUGGCAAGAAGAACCUCCAUGGGGAUGGUCUCGCCUUGUGGUACACACGAGAGCGCCUGAUGCCAGGGCCUGUCUUUGGCAGCAAGGAUAACUUUCAUGGAUUGGCUAUUUUCCUGGAUACGUAUCCCAACGAUGAAGCAACAGAGCGUGUCUUCCCGUACAUCUCUGCAAUGGUGAAUAACGGCUCCCUGACUUAUGAUCAUAGUAAGGAUGGGCGCUGGACGGAGUUGGCAGGAUGUACCGCUGACCUUCGGAACCAGAACCAUGACACGUUUCUGGCAAUUCGCUACUCCAGAGGUCGGCUUACGGUGAUGACAGAUGUGGAAGACAAGAACGAAUGGAAGAACUGCAUUGACAUUGCAGGGGUCCGGCUGCCUACUGGCUACUUCUUUGGGGCUUCUGCUGGCACUGGAGAUUUGUCUGACAAUCAUGACAUUAUCUCGAUGAAGCUAUUCCAGCUCAUGGUGGAUCACCCUCCAGAAGAUGAGAACAUUGACUGGACCAAGAUUGAGCCUAGUGUCAGCCUCCUUAAGUCACCCAAAGGUGCUCGGCGUUCAACGGGCUGGACUGAGGGGGGCAACUCCGGCGGGGGCUUGUAUCUCCUGUGGAAAUGUCCCUUGCUCCCAGGAUGGAGGGUGGGAGCCUGGAGGCAGCAUGGAGACGACUGCGCCCAUCUCCUCUGCUGCCUUUCCAAGGGGACAGGACCUGCUGCGCUGCGUCGAGACGGGGCGAGCAGCAGUGGGCGUCAUUGUAGAUGGGCUGUGUGGGGCCCUGCGGGGUGUAGGGCUGGAGCUGUGACUGGGCCAUUAAAGGACUGACAUCACCUGGG